CAACUUGCAAGCUUAAGUUCCCAUCUCCAUAGCCUUAACUUCUCAUUCCUUCACUUCUUGAUUCUAUCUUCAUUGCAACCUCAAAUCGAAAAACCCAGGUGAUCAAACAUGGGUUUUUCCUUCCUUUCCAACACGAUUCUUCAAAUCGCCAUUUUAGCAGUUCUGAUCACUGCUUCCAAAAGCUUGGUUCAUGGAGCCGAGACCCCUCGACUGAGCAUUAGCACAGACAAGGAGGCUUUGAUCUCGUUCAAGUCCGGUAUUGAUCCGGAAACACUUGGACCUCUACGCACUUGGGACCAGACCCUGUCGCCCUGCAACUGGACCGGAGUCUGGUGUAACAACAAAGUUGGCGCAAGAGUGGUCGAGCUCGAUCUUGCUGGCUUGGGGCUUAAAGGUCCCAUAAGCCCACACAUUGGCAAUCUGUCAUUUCUCAGAUCACUUCAACUACAAAACAACCAGCUGAUGGGAACAUUUCCUUAUCAACUUGGUAACCUUUUUCGCCUGAGGGUCCUGAAUAUGAGUUCCAACAGCAUACAGGGCGUGAUACCGCAGAAUAUAAGUCGUUGCACGGAGCUCGAGAUCCUUGACUUGGAGAAGAAUGAGAUUUCAGGGAGAAUCCCUGAAGAGCUCAGUUCUCUCGCCAAGCUCCAAGUUUUGAACUUGGGAAGAAAUCUUCUUUUCAGUUCAAUACCGCCGUCCCUUGCCAAUCUCUCAUCACUCGUCAGUUUAAAUUUAGGCACCAACAAACUGGGUGGCAUGAUACCAGGCGACUUGUCGCGUCUUCAGAAAUUGAAGCAACUUGAUCUCACCAUCAACAAUCUAACGGGUACGGUUCCUCCAUCCAUAUACAACAUGUCUUCGCUUGUUCAAUUGGCCUUAGCUUCCAAUGAUUUGUGGGGUAUAAUUCCUUACAAUGUUGGAGAUACACUCCCAAAUCUCCUAAAUUUUAACUUUUGCAUCAACAAAUUCACGGGAACCAUUCCUGGGUCUCUGCACAACCUCACGAGGAUACAGGUCAUUCGCAUGGCGCAAAAUCUCUUGCAUGGAACGGUUCCACCGGGAUUAGGAAAUCUUCCAGAGCUCCAAAUGUACAACAUUGGGUUCAAUAGGAUUGUUGGCGUUGGGGACAACGGUUUAGAUUUUCUCACUAGUCUGACAAAUAGUACCCGUCUAAACUUCCUUGCUGUUGACGGAAAUCUUCUAGAGGGAGUAAUUCCAGAAUCCAUUGGCAAUCUUUCGAAGGUUCUUUCGAAAUUAUAUAUGGGAGGAAAUCGCAUUCAUGGUGGGAUACCUGCCUCAAUCGGGCAUCUGAGUGGUUUGACAUUGCUAAAUUUGAGCUACAACUCAAUAUCAUUUAACAUUCCUCAAGAAAUAGGCAACUUGGAGGAACUGUCGAGUUUGGGAUUGGCUGGAAAUAAUAUCUCUGGUAAGAUUCCGACUUCCCUCGGUAGUCUCAAAAACCUGAUUAACAUAGAUUUAUCAGGAAAUAAAUUGGAGGGUACAAUACCGACUAGUUUUGAAAAUUUCCAAAGGUUGCUUUCAUUAGAUUUAUCUUGUAAUAAGCUCAAUGGAAGCAUACCCAAAGAAAUUCUCAAUCUUCGUAGUCUAAGCACUCAUCUGAAUCUCUCGAACAACUUGCUGACCGGACCUUUGCCUCAAGAAAUCGGGACACUAGAUAGUUUAGUCGCGGUUGACCUAUCAAACAACGGUUUAUCAGAAACCAUACCCGAUUCAAUCGGCAACUGUAAAAGCUUGGAGAAGUUGCUCAUGGCAAAUAACAUGUUCACAGGCCCUAUUCCAGAUACUUUAAGUGAAUUGAAAGGUUUGGAAACUCUUGACAUCUCCUCAAACAAACUUUCCGGCUCAAUACCAGAUAGCUUGCAAAAAUUGCAAGGCCUCCAGUUACUGAACUUGUCUUUCAAUGACUUGGAAGGAGAGGUUCCCGUUGGUGGAGUUUUCGCAAAUCUUUCUGGAAUUUAUAUGGAAGGUAACCCGAAACUUUGCUUCAUGUCGGCAUGUGAGAAAGGUCGUGACCAUAGGAAGAGACUAAUCUUGGUUUGUAUUAUCAUCGGGAGCAUUGCAAUGAUAGCGUUGUGUUCUACAAUUGGCUUGGUGUUCUACCUCAGGAAAAGGAAACCGAAAGUCACAGCUUCAUCUGACUCCUAUGAGCGACAACAUCAAAUGGUAUCUUACGAUGAACUUCGUUUGGCAACUGAAAAUUUCAACCCGAGAAAUUUCAUUGGAAGCGGGAGUUUCGGGUCUGUCUACAAAGGAUAUCUACAACCAGAAAAACCUGUCGCAAUCAAAGUCCUUAAUGUAGACGAGACCAGAUCCUGGAAGAGCUUUCUUGCUGAGUGUGCGGCUUUGAGGAACGUUAGGCACCGGAAUCUUGUGAAACUAAUCACAUCAUGCUCGAGCAUGGACUUCAAGAACAAUAACUUUCUGGCUCUAGUUUACGAAUUCAUGACGAACGGAAGCUUGGAUGACUGGAUUACAGGGAGGAGGAGUCAUGCAAACGGUCAAGGGUUGAAUAUUGUCGAUCGAUUGAACAUGGCCAUUGAUGUCGCUUGUGUUCUAGACUAUUUGCACAACGAAAAUGGAGCACAAGUGGUCGUUCAUUGCGAUUUGAAGCCUAGCAACAUCCUGUUGGACGGAGAUAUGACUGCAAAAGUAGGAGAUUUCGGGCUGGCUAAGCUAUUGAUUGACAGAGCUGAUCAAACUUCUAUUACCUCUACGAAUGCUUUGAAGGGCUCCAUUGGCUACAUACCUCCAGAAUAUGGUAUGGGAGAGAAACCAUCGACUGCGGGAGACCUGUACAGCUACGGAAUCAUGUUGCUAGAGCUUUUUACUGGAAAGAGCCCAACCCAUGAGAGUUUCACAGGGGAUUUAAGCCUGAAGAAAUGGGUGCAAACAGCCGUCGCAACCAACGUAGAUCAAGUGUCGGAUCCCGGUCUGGUGCGAACCAACUCUAGUCUUUCGGAUGGCGUUCAGCCCAUUACUCCAGAAGCACAGACUGAUUGCUUGAUUGCAGUACUUGGUGUUGGUCUCUCUUGCACCGUUGAUUCGCCAGACGGACGCAUAAGCAUGAGAGAUGCACUUUGCAAGCUGAAAAGCAUCAGAGAAAACCUUUUCAAACCUGAUCAUGCAAGGAAAACAAAUGUUUGAGUAAAAUCCUGGGGACUGUGGUUUCGGUGUUUGUGGUUGUUAACAUAAUAUUCAGAAAUAU